CGCGCGCCGCCGCCGCGCCCGCCCGCGCAGAUCUGGGUCUGGAUGAACUUCGAGUCGCCCUCGCACUCGCCCGGCCUGCGCGGCCUGGCCGGCCUCUUCAACUGGACCAUGUCGUACCGGGCCGACUCGGACGUGUUCGUGCCCUACGGCUCGCUGCGCGCGCCGCCCGCACCACGGCCCUUCCGCCUGCCCCGCAAGAGCCGCCUCGUGGCCUGGGUCAUCAGCAACUGGAACGAGGAGCACGCGCGGGUGCGCUACUACCGGCAGCUGCGGGAGCACCUGCCCAUCGACGUGUACGGCGCGCGCGGCCGGGCGCUCGCCCGCGGCGGCGUCGUGCCCACCGUGGCCGCCUACAAGUUCUACCUGGCCUUCGAGAACUCGCAGCACACCGACUACAUCACCGAGAAGCUCUGGCGCAACGCCUUCGCCGCCAGCGCCGUGCCCGUCGUGCUCGGCCCCCGCCGGGCCAACUACGAGCGCUUCAUCCCGCCCGACUCCUUCAUCCACGUGGACGACUUCGCCAGCCCCCGGCGCCUGGCCGCCUACCUGAAGUUCCUCGACAGGAACAGGCCCAGCUACCGGCGCUACUUCGCCUGGAGGAACAAGUACGAGGUGCACGUCACCUCCUUCUGGGACGAGCACYUCUGCAAGGUGUGCGAGGCCGUGCGCGCCGCCGGGGACCAGGUGAAGACCGUGCACAACCUGGCCAGCUGGUUCGAAAGCUGAUGUUUGCGUGGGGGGAGGCUCUGCUGGCCUCCCCACGAAUGGAUUCCGUGCAGGUUGAGUGCGGGAGCUCCCGGAGCUCAACCGCUUGGCCAUGGCCAUUCCUGGAGGCCUCUCGUUGGUCAGAUGACCCCACAGAUGGGGACAAACAAGCUGUGAAAAGCUGAUGAAAGGGAGUUUUUUUCCCACACGUUCUACACAAUGAAAAUACAAGGACCAUCAUGCAGCUCUUCAAGACUAGAGYUAAGCUCCCAGAAGCCCCGCGGAUCGAAACCUUUGGGGUUGUGCRCAGCCAGACGUGUCUCACCCACGCCAAGUUCUUCAGCUGUGCAGCUGAAACCAAUUUGGUGAGCAACAACAGCUUCCUGGACCGCCGAACAUUCCCCUGCCCCGGGAGAUACGUGAUCAGCGCCGGCUUUCUGUGCUCGGAAGACAGAGUUCUGCUACACGAAGGCAAAUGCWCCCCACCAUGAGCAGCAGGAGCAUAAAGAAGCUUUUGCAGACGGAUUUGGAGCCUCAAGCGUUGAGUGGAAGAGGGUCAUGAUCUAAUAGCACUUUUUAUUUAGCAAUGUUUUAAAUUGCAACAGCCAAAUAAUGACUCCUCAAGCCAAAUAAAAACUCCAGCUAGGAAAAAGUGCAUGGAAGAGCCUGGAUCUGAGUGGAAUAGACACCUCAGACACAAUGAAGUAUUUCUUCCACCGCCUACCAAAGCCAAGAACGUGUUUAUCCUGUAGGAAACUAGAGAGGAGCUGUAAGUACAGGAGAAAAAAAAAAAAGGAAAAAAAACCCCAAAACCAAUGUAGAAAUAAAGUUGGAAUAUUCCCACCCUUGCUUUGUUCAGGAAUUAGUUGAUAUUUACAGGAGUCUGCAUGUUUUCCCUGCAAAACUAGUGCCAUGUGGGAAAAAGCAGGCAAAGGCUCACAACUGCAGAUUUUUUUUGUUGCUCUCUGGGGUAUGGGUACAAAAGAUUAACUUAUUUCCCUCCUAGCAUUAGAAUAUUCUAGAGAUAUUUGAAAAUCAUAGCCUACAUUUUUUUGGGGUUAUGCUAGGUGGACUAAUGGGGCUAUUUUUUCUAAGUAUAAGAUUCUCAAGCCGAAACUUCCUCAGUUGGUGYGUGCAGAGGAAACUUGCAGGAAGUGUUGCCAACCCUUCCAAAAUCUGCUGUUUUGCUGGGCUAGGAUCUUCCUAGUUAGUGGGGGCUGAAUUUUGGUUGCUUGUGAGCUCAGAUCUGGACAGAAACUUCAGUCACAAUGUCCUGGUGCUCGGGCAGCUCAGAGCAUCUCCCUUCAAUGGAUCCUUUUUUUCAUCUACUUUUUAAUCACAGUUCACUUAAAUGUAUAGAAAAAUCUGUACUUUAAAGUAGUGAGCUAGCUUUGUAACCGCUUUUUAAAGCUGUACUGCUUUUCAACAGGUUGCUAAAAAUGAGGGUUUUUUCAGUAUUUCUAAAUUCUCUAGCAUUCCCUGAAAGCUUCUGUGUAAUCCGUAGGGACACGUCAGGCCAUUUCCAAAGGUUGCCCUGUUUUC